AUGGAACCGCAAAAUUCUUCUGAAGUUCAUUGUAUCCUUGCAAAACUAACAGAUUACGAUAAUCUUCUUAAUGUACAUUUACUUGAAAGUGUAAUAGAUACACACAAAAGAAAUGUAAAAGACAAUUCUAAGGUGUUACAAGACAUUGCUAACAAUACAGAAAUUUUAGAGAAGAAGAUUUUAAAUGUGGAGAAUGAAGUUAGUAAAAUUAAAUUGUCACAUAACAAAAAUAAUGAGAAAUACAAGAUUGUCAACGGUGAACGGUUAAAAUUAGCAAAGAGGUUCGUAGAUUUAGAAAAUGAAUUUAGUAAAAUGAAAAGUGAAUUUGACGAUCUGGAUGUACUAAUAAAAAAAUAUACAGAUGAAAUACGUUCAAUAAGUAAACCUUCCUUUAAUCAAUUAUAUCUUGAACUUAUUAAAGGAUUUGGUUUGGAGUUUAUAAACGAUGGGAAACAUAUCUGUAGAGUUAGAAAUACAAGAAAGAAAUGUUAUAUAGAUACAGAAUUGGAUGGGAAUGUACCACUUUAUAAAAUUUGUAAUGAAAUAUGGGAUAGUAUGCAAUAA